GCGCUGUGGCGUUGAAGACCAUGCCCCUGGCCUCUGUGCUUCCUGCCUCCGUAACACUGAGUUACAGAGUGUGUGGGAUGACUGAGGAAUAGUUUGAAGACCGAAAGACGAUGAAGAGGAGGGAACGGCAGGAUUCGGGGGGCAGGGUGAGUGUCCCCUGAGUUGCUCCUGGCACCCCACAGACUCUCCCAGACUUAACUUUUCAUUUUAAAGGGCUAGUCGCUUCUGGACUGGUCUCAAACACCCCUGCCCCGCGCCGCCUCAGGCAUUCUUCCUAGAGGAAAAGCAGAGGCUGGCAUGCCCCCAGGCUCACCUCUCCCCUCGCCUACAGGACACGAAAGCUACGUGACCUUCUGCCAGCUGGAGAACGAGGCUGCCUUCACGUGCAGCGCCGACCGCACCAUCAGGAAGUGGGAUGUGCUGACCGGGCAGUGCCUGCAGGUGUUCCGAGGACACACGUCCAUUGUGAACAGGAUCCUGGUCACCAACAACCAGCUCUUCAGCAGCUCCUAUGACCGGACAGCUCGUGCCUGGAGUGUGGACAAGGGGCAGGUGUCCCGGGAGUUCCGGGGCCACCGCAACUGCGUGCUGACUCUGGCCUACUCCGCCCCCUGGGACCUGCCCGGGGCUCCCUUCGAGGAGGAGGCUGUGGCCGGGGGGCUGCUGGUCACAGGCAGCACGGAUGGCACGGCCAAGGUGUGGCAGGUGGCCAGUGGCUGCUGCCACCAGACGCUACGGGGCCACACGGGUGCCGUGCUGUGCCUUGUGCUGGACACGCCCAGCCACACGGCCUUCACGGGCAGCACGGACACCACCAUCCGCGCCUGGGACAUCCUGAGUGGGGAGCAGCUGCGGGUGUUCCGGGAGCACCAGGGCUCUGUCAUCUGUCUGGAGCUCGCGAACCAGCAUGUGUACUCGGGCAGCGCCGACAGGACCGUCAAGUGCUGGCUGGCGGACACGGGGGAGUGUGUGCGCACGUUCCCAGCCCACAGACACAGCGUGAGCGCCCUCAAGUACCAUGCGGGCACCUGUAAGUGACCCUCCCUGCACCACCCCACCUGCCCAGCCCACCUUGUUCUGCCUGCCCCGCCACUCCGCUCCCCCAAAUCCUCCCUGCUCAGCACCUCUGUGCUUCUCUACUUCAGGACUAAUGGGCAGCUGUCAUUCAGGACGGGCAGCACCCGAGAGCUGUGGCCAGGCCACCUCCACCCACAUGUUCCUCCAGCAUUACUAACAAAGCAAGCCCAGGAAGGGGUGCGGGGACUCCCCUCACUUUACCCACAAGAACAUGCAGCCACCUGGAUGCUCAGAGGUCCUAGGGCAAGAGCACAUCUCAAGGACACAUUCUAAUUCUCAGUGAGACAGCGACACUGUUACUCCAGCCAGCGUGAGGGCCAUGUGGGUUGGGCUUCACUUGGCAUUUAGGUUUGCGUACAGAUAAGAGGAAACGCAGAGAGCAGUGGUCUAAAUGAGAUGGUGGUUUAUUUUUCUCUCAGGAGAAUUUUAGGGGCUCUCAGUUAUCAGGCACCCAGAUUCCUUGUCACUUUGCUUCACCACACAUACUUUCUAUCGUUAAGGGGCUGAUGGUCCAAGAUAGCGGCUGGAGCUCUCCUGUUUUGUGCAGGAAGAAGAGGGAAGGGCAAAAGGAUGUGUCUCUAGCUGAUAAGGCCCCUUUAAAACUCUUCCCUGGAAGUGCCACCCAAAGACUUUUCCCUGGAUCUCAGACCACUGCCUGCAGGGGCGGCUGAAGAAUGAAACCUCUUCUCUGGGGACACAGGUCCCAGGAGGAACCAGGAUUGUUUUGUGAAGGAAGAAGGGCAAAUGGCUUAUUCUGUGGGCAGCAAGCUGUUUAUCCCCCAGGCUCAUAGUCACACAGCUGGGCUUUGCAGGCUCUGUCCAAUUGGCUUGUGUGUUUACACCCCAGACACCAAGAAGGCAGACACUGUUCCAGGGAAGCGAGCCCCAACCUCAUCACAUCUGCAUGGCAGGGGGCUCCCAGGUUCCUGAGCAUCUCUCCCAAAGUGAUGCCCAAUGCUAUGUGCUGCCAUCAGCCUCCCUUCCCCCAUGUGUGUGCGUGGACCCCCCCCCC